CCCUCAUCUAGAUCAUCAAUAAAGAUAUUAAACAAGGUGGCCCCCAGUACCGACCCCUGGGGGACAACACUUGGGCCAUGAUGUGGUACAAGAUCAUUUCUCUUCAAGGUGACAGACAUGGAUAUGGAUCAGAUAUACCCAAACCAGAAGAAUAUCUGAUUUCAAAUCUCAUGGACCACACUGAACUCUUCUUGAAGCAUGGAUAACAACACUUUUUAAUAUAGUGGGUCACUGGUUAAAGCACUUCCCUAGAAAUUGGGAGACUUUUUGCUUCCAAACCAGCCAGUCUCAGAAACAGAACUUCCUUUGAUUUCCUGGGAUUGCUCCUUUGUGGAAAGAAAAUCAGGGGAUCUAAAUCUUCCCCUGCCCUUCUUUGUAUUUCUGAAGGAUAUCAACAUGAGUGUCUCUCUUAACAGCUCCAUCUUUCCACUGGGCUUUUUUUCUUGUCUUCACUCAUACCUGAAGAGGGCAACACCAGAUCACUUUGGUCUGUGCCCAAGAUCUAGCUAAACAGUCCUUCACAACACGAAGCACUGCACAAAUUAGCCACCAUGUUCAGCUGGCUCCCCCUGCAAACUUAUUAGUUUAUGUAGUAAUUUCCGAGAGGGUAGUAUGGGCUACUGUUAUUCUUAGCCAAUUGGUGUGGUCACUCCUGCUCUGGCAUUGGGUCUUGGCAAGAUGGGGUCCUGUGUAUGAGGAUAAGAGUUGAACUAAGAGUGAGAUAUGAUUAAGCUAACAGGAAGAAGUUGGGAUUUUUUAUUUUACCUUGACUGCAAUGAGCUGUCUAGUGUUCUCUGUGGCAGCUGGAAUCUCAGAUCAUGGAAAUGGAAUUUAGUUUAGUCCAGGAAAUCUAACAUUUGCUUUGUAGUGUUUAGCCAUACAUUACUUACUGGUCUUAAUACUCACUGUGCUACCCGCACUCAAUUUUAUUCAGCCUGACAUUAUUUCUUGCCCUUAACAUCCUUUUCUAUUCUGGAUGCCUAUUUUGCUUUCCUCUCUGAUUCCACUGUUGUAUGUUCUGCCUGCGUGCAAAAAUAAAGGCUUAUUUUUGUCUACUUGCUGCAUGAUAUCACAGAAUAAUUUAGCAGCAGGGUAGAGCUGGUUAAUUUAGUGAGUCCUCAAUCAGUGUCACUUUUACAAAAUCAUGUGUAAGUGUCAGAACACAUCAGGUAUUAUGCUGCAGAAAUAUACGAGUCUUCUGCUUGAUCACAGUACGAAGCUGCUAUCAGUCACUCAAUGUCAGGGCAAAGCCACAAAAACUUGUGGGUUUUUUAGGACUCUGUGGGCAAAAGAAAUUAUUUGCAGAGGUAACUUCCAGUGUGCAAAUAACCUCAGGGUUAUCUUGAGGAUGAAGAAUGAUUCUGGGGUACCUAGAGCUGGCUCUUUUAUAAGACAAUUGAAGUAAUUUGUUUUCACUUAAAUGAGCUUGGAAAGAGUUUUCUGGAGAAAAAAGGAAGUGUUGCAUGGUGUUGCAUUGUGUAGUGCUUUCAAAUGUUACAGUAUGACUCUGUGCUAUAAACAUCUCAAUUCUGUAAUCUCAUUCAAUGAUCUGCAGAGCUGCUAUUUCUCUCAACUAAGAGCCAGAUAAGCUGAGUUGGUUACAUUUCUGAUUCUUUCUAAUGUUGCUUAAGAUGAUAGCAGGUUUCUUAUGUGGUGACGUGCUGUUUCUUGUAGUGGUUUACCAGCAAGAUAUGCAGAGUGUGGUUACAGACAGGGGUGAGCAGUAGAAAAGUCUAUUUCACCACUGUGUCUUUUAAUCUUUUAUUUGGAGGCUAUUGAUUAGGUGUUUUAUUUGCAUUUGACUCCUGUUCACUGUAGGUGUCUGAAUCCUGCUCCCGCAGAAAUAAUUGCUAAGAAAAAAACUGCAGUGCCCUUAGUAAGUAUAGCUGGUAUUGGGCUGUCCUAUGUUACCAGCUCCAGAUUCCUGCCAGUUCUCAGUGAAACCUUUUCAGUUGACUCUUCCAUUUGUUGUCUCAUUCAUUCCUUUGCUCUUCUUCAGAGUUUAAAUAGUUGUUGAAUUCUCUGAUGUAGUUAGGUUUUAUUAUGCAUUUAAUCACAUAUGAUGUUCUUAGCACUUGUUUUCUAGUUCAAGACCUGCUUGUAGGUCUGCAGAAGUUCCUGUGAGGUGUGAAAUACUGAAUGCUGUGGACUCAGGAACAGAUGGCUGUAGUGAUAUUACUGGAGGACACUGCGUGCGUCCCCAUUCCCGACCCUACAUGGCUGCCAUCCAGAUAAGGGAUAAAACUGUGUGUGGAGGGGCUCUUGUGAGAAAGCAGUGGGUUUUGACAGCAGCGCACUGUACGAAUAAAACACUGGUUACUCGGGUUGUUCUUGGAGCCCAUAAUGCAUUUAAAGCAGAAAAAAACCAACAGAGAUUUAAGAUUUUGCGCUUCUAUCCUCAUCCCCAGUUUAACAGAUCUUCAAAGGAAAAUGACAUAAUGCUCCUCAAGCUGGAUACUAUGGCAAAUCUGAACAAGUAUGUGGACCUUCUGUCCCUUCCUGACACUGGCGAAGAUAUCAAACCUGGCUCCAAGUGCACAGUGGCCGGUUGGGGAGAAAAAUCUUCAGGAAAGCUGCCAAAAUGUCUUCGGGAAGCAACUGUUGACGUUGUGGAUAGGAAAAUUUGUGGGAGAGAAUAUUAUAAAAAACACAAAAUGAAUAUAACCAGGAACAUGUUGUGUGCUGGAGGGAAAAAGAGGUUUUCAAAGAGAGAUGCUUGCCCGGGAGACUCAGGUGGGCCGCUCAUCUGUGGCAGAAAAUACAGUGGGAUUGUUUCCUUUGGGGAAAAUUGUACAUCAGGAGUCAAUCCUGGAGUUUACACGCGACUGACUGAAACAUAUAUUGAAUGGAUUAAAAAAACUCUUUCUCUUAAUGGAGAGGUCUGGGACAGGCAAGACAGCCCUAAUAAAUAGAGCGCUGUGCUUCAGAACUGGGCUCUGAUUGGUGUGCCAACUUUACAAAGUGUCUCCCAGCAUUACAAACCACAGCUUUUUGAGUUAGGAAGUUUACAAGGUUCUCUUUCGUACAGGGGCUGAGCAAGGGAAAAAUAUCUCAUGAAUAGUAUAUAAGUAAAGGAACAAACAGACCUUGCAAAUCUGUGUUGGUGAUCUGUCCUGGUGUAGUGAAACUUCCCUUCAUGGUCUAUGGAGGCUUUAUCCUAUUCUCACUGAAGGUUAUGACAAGAUGUAAAAAGAUGCUGGUGAGAACUGACUCAGGCCAGGAGCACAGAAAUUGGGAAAAACUGGAAUAAAUUUGUAAAUGAUAUAAUAAAGCAAACAAUAAUA